UUCCUUUCCUUUCCUUACAAUUUAGCUGCUUCUUUUGUUCUCUGUUUUUAGUAUUACAUAUUUGAAUUAUCUUUUCCUGCAAGAAUGUACCUAAAGUUUGGAAUAUAACAGUCCUGGGAGUUUAACGUUCUGCAUUCCCAUUGCCCAAAUCUUUCCUAUUUGUUGUGAUGUUGAUGUGAACUUCCCCUUAAACUUCUCUUAAACCUAGUCCAAUCGCAUGUUUAAGCUCUGUCGGGUCUUCAAGUUUUUAAAAAAUGUGUGAUAACUCGAGUAAUCUGUCUAUAUUUGAUGGUGCACUGGAGCAGAUUUUCGAGUUGUACUUCUUUUUAUAAAUUAUUUCAAAGCUUUUAUCUUCUGUGUUUAAUAUGUCUCAGGUUUCCUAAAGUUGCACUUGCUUUUCUUUCUUUCUUUCCUUCCUCUACAUAUUCCUUAAUUGCUUUCCUUAUUUUUUCAGAAUUUUUCUUCUUAUCCCAUCUGGAAAAUCAUUGCCAUAAACCUAUAUUCUCAUGAUUAAUCAUAGAUUCUUUUAAGAAAAAUUCCAUUUCUUGCUCUAUUCUAGCCAUUCUUUUGUGGGUAAUCUAUCUUCAUCUCUUCCUUCCCUGUGAUAAUUAAAAAAUAAUUCUUUCUAUUACACCAAAGCAACAAAAUAUAGUAAGUGCUCAAUCAGAGAAGUAGAAGUCUAAAUGAGUUUUAUAACAGGAUCCUCGGAGAAUACUUGGCUUCCAGCCAUGACUGCUAAUACAACCGUAGCCAGCUACUGGCUAAACUGGCGGUUCUUCCUUUGCACCAUCUGGGUCUUGAUUGCAAUCACUAUUGCAUCGAUUCUUAUAUGGAAGUAUGAAAAAUUUCACAAAGCUGAACCGGAUAGUGGAGAGAAUAAGCAAGAAACAGAAUCAGAUUUGUUGGAUGAUGAAACUUGGAGACCAUGCCUAAAGGGAAUCAAUCCAGCCUGGUUGCUAGCUUUCAGAAUUUUUGCUUUCUUUGUGCUUUUGGUAUUGCUGAUUGUUGUUGCUUUAGUGGAUGGAGGCAGCAUAUUUUACUACUAUACUCAGUGGACAUUCACUCUAGUCACCAUUUACUUUGGGCUUGGAUCAUUUCUAUCUUUGCGGGGAUGUUACCUAAAUCACAAAAGAGUUUGUGGAGACAAGGUUGACAAUGUGGAGGUAGACUCAGAGAAAGGAAACUGUGCUACUCUUGCACCAGGAGAAGGCUCCGGUACUUCCAUCGAAAGGAGAGGCUUCAACUCCAUUGAACAAGUUGACAAGCGACAACCUGCAGGGAAAUGGGUUCUUAUCUUUCAAAUAAUUUUCCAGAUGAAUGCAGGGGCUGUUAUGCUCACAGAUUGUGUAUUUUGGUUUGUACUUGUUCCAUUCCUCGCAAUCAAGGAUUACCAUCUAACUGCUUUGGUUAUAAGCAUGCAUUCCAUGAAUGCUAUCUUCUUACUCUGUGAUACUGCCUUAAAUUGCAUGCGGUUUCCUUGGUUUCGGAUUGCAUACUUCUUCAUAUGGACGAUAACAUAUCUCUUAUUCCAAUGGAUUGUCCAUGCAUGUUUCAGACUCUGGUGGCCAUAUCCAUUUCUUGACCUGUCAUCUCCAUAUUCCCCUUUAUGGUACUUCACUGUAGGAGUGAUGCAUAUUCCCUGCUAUGGUGUUUUCAUUUUUAUUAUAAAGAUGAAACACACUCUGUUCUCAAGAUGGUUCCCUGAUUCCUAUCAAUGUCCAAGGUAGCUGAAGUUAAGAGCUCGGAGACCUAAACCAUUUCAAAAGUGUACAGAAAGUAUCAAAAUUAGAAUAGAGGAGAAUACAAUGGCAGAGGUGAUUUAUGAGAAUAGUGAUAGAAAAACCAUUUCAAUCGUAAAAUUUUUGAAACAUACAUAAUGGUCAAGUAAGAAGGCAGAAUCCUGAGCUUGUAUAGCCAUUGUUAGAAUAGCGUGAUACUGAAAAGAACAGAAAGAAAAAUUCUAAUUCGUUUCUAUUUGAUUUUUCUUUUUUUAUUUUUUUGGUUUGCUUGAUAUACAUUCUUGAAGUUCAAUGUAUACAAUGUAACGAGCAUGUGUAACCAGCAAUUAUCGCAAUAUAAAGACAUAUAUUAAUACA